AUGGCUGUCCCCUCAGUCACUGUCAGUGUUGAACCAGUAAUAGAGAAUAAAAUACAAGAAGUUAAGCUCGAUGGACAAGAGAUUUAUGUUGCACCUUUGUCUAUGUCAGAAAAUUUGACCAAACUUGCUCAUAAAAUAGAUUUUUACAAAGAUGAAAGUGAUGAAAAAGGAAAACCCACAUCAGAAGGAGAAAAAGAAGAAGAAGAUGAAAAGGUGUUGGCUUCUUUUCAACCGUCAUUAUGGCCGUGGGACUCUGUUCGAAAUAAGUUGAAAGCAGCAUUCACAGAGAUGUGUGUGUUAACUGAUGUACUAAAUAUAAUUAAAGAAAAGAGGUAUAUGGUAGCUGAUCCUGUUUCAAAUGAAGCACCAGAAAAUAAAUCUUCUGUGCUCUUAUUAGCUAAAAAGAGGGGUCUUGUAGUUGCUGCUAAUGUAUUAAUCAGUGGAGCUGAAAGAUUGAAAAGAUCUCAUUCAGAACAUUCUAACAGAGCUCAGAAUGAUUAUUUUAUUGAGUUGUUGAAGUUAAGACAGAACUGGAGGUUAAAAAAAGUUGGAACAUCAAUAUUGGGAGAUUUAACUUAUAAAUCAGCUGGUUCUAGAUUUUUACAAAGUGGUACAUUUGAAGUAACAAAAGUAAUAGAAGAAAAAACAGAUGGCGAUGGUAGUCAUUCUAGAGGAUCAUUAGAAGUUGUGAUACCUAGUGAAUUAGAGGGUGUAGCUUAUAUACAAGUUGAUGUCAAGUCUGUUCCAGGUAAUAUUCUAAUGCCUGCUGGAUUAGGUGUUAUUAGGUCUGAUGCUUAUUGGCAACAAAAACUAGAAGUAGCACAAAAUGUUCUCUUCUGUAAAGAACUCUUUGCUCAGUUAGCAAGAGAAGCAGUUCAAAUUAAAAGUUCUACACCACAUAUGGUAGUUGGUAAUCAAAUUAUUACCAAUGCAUUUCCAGGAAUUCAACUUUCUAUUGUACUUUGUCAUUAUACUGGGAAGGAAAAAAAGACUCCACAAGCUCCCCAGAAGCUAGAACACAAUCAUGUUUUAGAACAUUCUCUGCAUCAGCUAUUACGAGAAGUACAUUAUAAGAAUAUUAACUAUGUUCCACCACAUCCUGUUAAUGCUAUGUUAGGUAUGAGUAAAAGACGAAGGUUGGCAGGACCACUUGGCACUUCGAGAAGAGAACUGGUAGAAAUGAAUGUCAGGGAGACAUUAUUGGAGCAGAUUAUUAAACAAACAAAACAUGCAGUAUUAAGAUUACGGACAAUGCAUGUAUUAGAUAAACUAGCUAUCUUAUCAGAUCCACAGAUAACAGCUCAUUGGAGUUGUUUAAACAGUUCAUUAGAAUGUAGUGUUCGAAUCAAUAUUACUACUGCAGGUUAUGAAAUAGUCAGGUCUAACAGUUUAGUAUUAAUAAUAGAAGUUGAUAAUAUACAGGCUAUACUAUUAAAAGAUAGUAAAACUAUAACUCUAUCAUUUGAAGAUAAAGCUUUACAAGAUUUAAUAUUGUGGCAGGUUUCCCAGCAUCACAUUCAAGUAGUAACACAUUUAGCUAAAUGUCAUUCAUGGACUGUGAUUUCUACUAAUUUAAAUGUUGGUAUAGGUGAUAUUGAUGUGUAUGGUACAGCUACCUCUAUUAUGAUGUCAUCACCACGAGGAGAUAAGGUACUUUCUCUAAAGAGUGGAGCCUAUAAUAAGAUACAGAUGUUUUUAAAGGAAGUGACAUCAUCCGAGUUAAAUAACCUUUCCACAGCUGUUGUGGAUCCAAAAUGGCAGAAAAUUAUGGGAACAUUUAAACAGAUCGAUGUAGAUAGACUACAAGGCAAAACAUUUGCCCAGAAAGUUGACAUGUUAAUGGCUAAGUUGUCAACAAUGAGCUGA